AACUUUUCUAUUUCUAGAAUAAAAUGGCAGACUCAUUAAUUAGAAUUAUAAACCUUUGGAUUUUAUUUCCCAUUGGUUUGUUCUUUCGCCUUAUCCUGAUAUUUUCUGUUCUACUUAUUAUAAGAAGACUUUAUGUUUAUGGAAAAAAACGUUCAAAGGUUGCUGUCGUUGUUCUCGGAGAUGUUGGCAGAAGUCCGAGGAUGUCUUACCACUCGGUGUCCCUAGCAAGUCACGGAUUUGACGUUACCUUAGUUGGAUAUGCAGGAUCCGUCCCCCACCCUUUAGUCUUAGAGUCAAAGAAGAUUCGUCUUCAGUUUGUAAAAGAAGCUCACGUAACAAGGGGUAUGCCCAGGAUAUUUGCCUAUUUUUACAAAGUGAUUACACAAAGUGUUUAUCUAUUAUGGACGAUGAUGGUACAAGUUAAUGCUACUGAAUAUAUCUUAGUUCAGAACCCCCCAUGUAUACCGAGCUUAGCCAUCUGCUGCUUCUUAUCAGUUUGUAAUGGAAGCAAACUUAUAAUAGAUUGGCAUAAUUAUGGAUAUUCUAUACUUGCACUAUCGCUUGGGGAAAAUCACCUAAUGGUGAAGGUUGCAAAAUGGUAUGAAGAAAUAUUUGGUCAGUUGUCGUCAGGAAACUUAUGUGUGACGAAAGCUAUGCAAGAACAUCUGUUUAACAAAUGGAACAUUAGUGCAGAUGUCAUGCAUGACAGAGCAGCUUCAAUUUUUCGGAAACUUGACAAUGAAGAACGACACAAAUUGUUUCUCCGAUUUGGGGAAGAUUAUCCUGAGUUUGCUACCCCAGGAAAAGGGGAAUCCCGGUUCACCCAUAUGGGUGAAUUAGGGGUGAGCAUGAAAAGCGACCGACCAGCUAUUCUAAUUAGCAGCACAAGUUGGACAGAGGACGAAGAUUUCUCAGUUUUGUUGGAAGCUUUGCAAUAUUAUGAGGAAAACACUUCACUCGAUUUACCAAACAUUUUAUGUGUAAUAACUGGUAAAGGGCCACAGAAAUCAUAUUAUCAGAAACAAAUUGCUGCGAAGAAUUGGAAACGUGUUGAAAUCAUCACACCCUGGCUAGAAGCAUCUGAUUAUCCGAAAUUACUCGGUUCAGCAGAUCUUGGUGUAAGUCUCCACACAUCAUCCAGUGGGUUAGAUCUUCCCAUGAAGGUAGUUGAUAUGUUUGGUUCAUCGCUACCUGUUGCUGCUAUCAACUUUAACUGUUUAUCUGAGCUAGUACAGCAUAAUGUCAACGGAUUCGUUUUCGAAAAUUCCGCUGAACUCAGCAAGCAGUUGGUGAAUAUAUUUAGUGACUUCCCUCAAGAUAGGACUACCCUCAACAGACUAAGUAAAGAAGUGGAAAAGUUUCGGAAUAUUACGUGGAAUGAAGCUUGGGACAAAAAUGUGCUGCCUUUGUUUAAAAGAUGAUGUUUUUUUCCUGAUUUGAUACUCAAGAACUAGUAGUUCUAGGAAUGUAGGGCAUGUGGUAUUAGUACUGGUUGCUUGAGGUCUCCAGUUACUCGGCAUAUGAUAAUAAGGGUAGAAGGCUACAUAAAUACCCUUACAUUAAAUGUGAUUAUGUGAAGCUGUUCUUUGGCUGCUAUCUAAAUCAAUUAAACAACUCCAAUACUUUAUUAUAUACAAAAAACAUUGCACUCAUAAUUCGACAAACUAUAAGUUAAAAGAAAUAAGAAUAUUUACAUUGAA